GAGAACAUGCUGGCCAUGCGUCAGUCGGUGGAGGCCGACAUCGCCGGGCUGAGGCGAGUCCGGGACGAGCUGACUCUGAGCCGGACCGACCUGGAGAUACAGAUCGAAGGUCUGAAGGAGGAACUCAUCUUCCUCAAGAAGAACCACGAGGAGGAGCUGCUGGCGAUGCGAACGCAGAUGAGCGGCCAGGUGAACGUGGAGGUGGACGCCGCUCCGGCCGUUGACCUCCAGAAGGUCAUCAAGGAGGUCAGGGAGCACUACGAAGACGUCGCCAACAAGAGCCGCAAAGAACUGGAGGCCUGGUUCCACUCCAAGUCAGAAUCGCUGAAUAAAGAAGUCGCCGUCAGCACAAAAACGCUCCACUCGUCCAAAUCAGAGAUCACAGAGCUCAAGCGAACACUGCAGGGCCUGGAGAUCAAGCUACAAUCGCAGCUCAGCAUGAAAGAAUCGUUGGAGUCGACUCUGGCCGAGACGCAGGGCCGCUACGCCAUGCAGAUGAACAGGUACCAGAUGCAGGUGAGCGGUCUGGAGCAGCAGCUGGUGUCGCUGCGGGCCGACCUGGAGAGACAGGGACAGGAGUACCAGAUGCUGCUGGACAUCAAGACCAGACUGGAGAUGGAGAUCGCCGAGUACAGGAGGCUGCUGGACGGAGAGGGCGGCGGCAACGGUGGCAGCGGGUGAGAGAAGCAGUUCCAAGUCCACCC